UGUGGUUUGCUUUGUUUUCCGGGUAUUACAAAGUCUAGUGUGCAGCAUAAAUAGAUGUAUGUUUACAUCAUGUUAAUCGCUUCGAGUUUUUGUUACAAGUGGAAUAGUGUCUUUUUAAUGGCAUUAGUAGCCUAAUUGAUAAACCGUGAAUAGAUUUAAUUUCCAAUCCUUUUCUAUACCCAGAAUGGAGGGGAAAAGGCUCGAAACCGUCGUACGGAACUGGGCGAAGGUAAUGGGCUUAAUGCCUAAUGGAAAUGCUUCAGAAGUUUUCAGGAAACUCUGUAGCAAUGAAAGAAAGGUGGUGUGGAAACGUGUUGUCAGAGAAAUACACCCCAUUUAUGAAGUAGAGCACAUACGAAAGCACCUGGCAUUUAAAAAGAUGUCAGCGAAAGUAAAACUAAGGCAGAAGCUUGCAGAGAAAGAAGAGGAGAUACAUAUCAGGGAACAUGACCUUGAACAGGCUCAUAUGAAAUUGAAGGUUUUGAAUUGUCAAAUGCAAGCAAUAAAACAGAGAAUGAAAGAUCUAGGUAUGAAGACUUUAAUACUGCGUUUCAAAAAGCAUGAACUGGAAAACGAGGCGACAAGGCUUGAAGAGUUGUGUCAAGUUGCAAAUUUCUUUCGACAGCCAGUAGAGAGUGGCUGUGGUGAUCCGCAUUCAUCUUGUACAAAGCAUGUAGAGACUGCUUGUGAAAAUGCAAUUUAUGAAUGUAAGGCACAAAUUCUUGAACUUCACAAACUAUAUAAGAUGAAAGAUGUGAAUAUGCAGAUAUUGCACUCGAAAAAAGAAUCCGUGAUGGAAUUUGUGCAUUAUCGGAUGAAGGAUUUUAGCAUUCUGAACGUUUGGCGUACAUUAUUGAACUCCGUAGAUCAGCUGAAUAAAGAGUUACAUAAUCUAACUCAGAGUAAUGUAAGGAUGGAGUCUGAACAUAUGCACGCUGUGAAGGAAUGUAUUGACUCAGAAAUGAAGAAAUUUAUGAAAUCGUAUGUGGAGUUAUUUGCAGCUUACCAUAGUCUGCAGCACAAGAUGAAGCAGUGUAGCAGUGACUGUGACAUCCUUUUUGACAGGACUGUAGAAAUGUUACAGGAGGAGUGGCGUGGAUAUAAAUUUGGUGACGUGUUUCAAGAAUGUGGCAGGAUCAGACAAUGGUUGGAACUUCAAAGUAAAUUUACAGAAUUUGGUAUCAUUAACGAAGUUUUACAGAAUGAGAUUAAAAAUCUGAAAGUAAACACAUAUUCAACAGACCUUGACAUUCUGAAUUUGCAAGAAGAGGAAAUUAAGAGACUUGGCAAUGAGAAUGAAACGCUGCGAGCAGAUCUUAGGACUAACUCUUUGUGGCUUACAAAGUCACAUGCGGGCCAAAUUGAAACUGCAGAGAAACUGAAGCAGGAAAUUACAAAGCUGUCUCAGACGUGUGCUUUGGAUAAGUGUGGCAUGACAACUCUGGAUGCAUCAGUAAAAGGGCUUCGAGGUGCAUUCCAGCAUGAGCUGAAGGAAUUCAUGGCACUCCCAAUACAUUUGCUGGAUAAUAUCGCUCUUCCCUCAGGUUCUGUGUUACCUAGUAAUCAGCAGAUCCUCAAAUACCAUAAUAACCUCAUAAACGUGGAUCAACUCCAUGGACUGACUGGUAUCUUGACCGCACUGGAAGGCGCUCCUUCUGCUGCGCCUCAUGGCAUCACACUUCAGCUACUGGAGAAGACGUUGUACCUCAGCUUCCUGAACACAACAGAAAUGGAUAGCAAUGAGUUGAACUCUUCGUUGGCUGUCUUGGACAUUUCUUCCAAGGAGAAUGCAGCUACCACCGCAGUAACUGAGGUCAUGAAAGUAGCAGAAAAGUCCAUUGAGGAAUGCAAGAUUGUUGCAGAGAGAGCAAAGGCUAACUACAGAACCUGGCUUGAACAUCCUCUGCGACAUGCUGUACCUGAAAGUCUGCAAAUUGAUGAGAAAAAUUUCCAACAGUGGCAGCGUGAAUAUGACAGUUUGCUUGCAAGUUUGAUUGACUUGGAAAGUGAAGAGGAAGUCUCAUACAUGGUGUAACAGUGGGGAUGCACCAUUAUAAAACUGUGCUGUUAACGUUGAUUUUGUAAACUUUUUAUAAGGUGAGUUCAGGACUCAUUCAGAGCUUAUAAAAUAGUACUCUUUCUUUUUGUAGAUGUGCAUAACUAGACACUAGCCGAGUGGAUUAUCACGGUUCUCAUAAAAAUAAUGUUAAUCCUUAACCACUUCCAUGACACAAUAUUUGUGCUAUAAAAUGAGACAUUAGGAUUGUAUUGGCUAGUUAGGGCUGUAAUUUUAUUGAGAAAGUGCAACAUUAAUUGAAGAACACUUUGUUUAAUAUUUAAGGGUUUAAAGAAUGAUUCAAACAAAAUUUAUGAACCUGAAUGACACAUUAUGUUAUAUACAACUUUUUUAUGUGAGGAGACUUUUUUAAGAAAAUAUUCAUAAUUUUUCACAUUUAACUUUAUGUUAACAAUAUGCACAUGUUAAAUGUGAAUUAACAGGGGUUCAAACGGCGUUGAAAACGAGGUACGACAAACUAAUAAUCCCUGUAAAACUUAGUGAUUUUUAUUUUCUCUGAAGCAUUUAUAGAGGACUGGGUCAUGGUGGUGGUCUAUAUUGUCUUCUCUCUCUCUCUCUCUCCCCCCCCCACAAUAUCCUGACACUGGAAGUUCCUUUCAUCUUAGCUAGUUUCUGCCUAACUUCUUCACGCCAAGAAUCUUUGGUUGUAUUAACUACAGAUAUGCUGCAGUAUCUGUCACAUUCAGAUUAUACUCUAGAUAUUUCAUUCGGUGUGAAGAACAAGGUUGGAAAGGUGUUCUUUAUGCCACUUCUGGUGAGUGUGAUGUCAAAUUGGUUGCUGGCAGUUGAUGGCACAGAUAGUUUAAGUAGCCACUCAUAGGUGGCAGCACAAUCAACUGAAUUGUGUGGCUGCUGAUAGAUGGCAGUUGAUAAAUGAUGGACAAUGACUUCAAUCUGCCUCACAGCAUGAUUUUGGCAGAUGGACAGAAUGCACCCAUAAGGCAUUCUUUAUUUAUAAUAGAGUGUAAAUAUUGUAACAAGGUUUUUUGUUUUGUGGUAGGAAUUUUAUGCUUUGAGCCUAGUUAAAACAAUAAUAUUUUCUUUUUAACUUAAAAUUAACGAGAUUUUGCUUUAUUCUCACACCAUAACAAAAGAAGGGUCAAAUUCUUUCCAUUCUUUAGAAGUGUUACAGUAGUUUUUAGCGAUGAGUCUAUUAGCCAUGUGAAAAGAAUUGAAAAUAGAACUGAGAUGGAAGAGUGAAAGUGAAGAACCUGGAAUGGGUGACAGCCUAAUUCUUGAUCAAGAAGAUGGUGUUGAUGAUCUGCUUGCAGAUGUAAUCUGAAUAUUAAUGUUCAUCACACUGUAAGUUGAAAAACGUAAUCACUUGUGUAUGCAAGUUAAUGACAAGUUACUGUUAUUACCUAAUAAGAUUACAAAUUUGUGUAAGCAAGAA